AUGGCUACUAAAACAACUUCCCCAGCCGCUGACAGCAGCAGCAACAACGAAAAAUCCACAGAAUGGACAAAGGAUAGUGAAAAGGCAAUGGCGGCGCACGGCCAACAAAGAGGAUCCGUGGGAUCUUCAGACAGUGACAGUCUAUACGAAAUCCAGCCCGUUCGCAGCGAGCGCCAGGUCCAUCCUGAGCUCAGAGGAACAGGCGACGGAUUGCUAACGCCACAAAUCUCUCGAGUAUCGCAUACCUCCAAGGCUCGCAAAAUCACCACCGCAGGCACAACGGGAACGACCGAUCCAGACUUUGAGAUUGAUUGGGAUGGUGAAAAUGACCCUGAGAACCCAUGGAAUUGGUCCCUGCCCUAUAGAGCAAUGUGCAUCGGGUUCUUGUCUUGGAAUACAUUGGUGAUUGUUCUUUUUUCCACGAGUUAUACCUCCGGUACCUCGCAGAUCGUCGAGCAAUUCAACACCACCGAUACCAUUGUCACCUUGGGUUUGACAUUCUACCUUUUGGGCCUGGCAAUAGGCUCUGUCGUGAUGGCUCCGCUCAGUGAAGUCUGGGGAAGGAAACCGGUCACAGUAGGAGCUAUGAUAGUAUUCAAUGUCAUGAUUAUUCCAGUUGCCGUAGCCAGAUCAAUGGUCGUUAUCAUCGUGUUCCGAUUCAUUGGCGCUCUGGCCGGAAGUGUGAUGGUCAGCAGUGCCCCAGGAAUGGUGGCCGACAUGGUCCCGGCAAAAAACCGCGCUCUUGCAUUCUCGGUUUGGAGCAUAGGCCCCAUUAAUGGUCCAGUUAUUGGUCCUAUCCUCGGUGGUUUUGCAACUCAAUAUCUUGGUUGGCGAUGGUCAUGCUGGAUUAGUCUCAUGCUUGGCGGUGUUUCUCUAGCAUUUUCCCUCGUUAUGAAAGAGACAUAUGCCCCGGUCAUUUUGCGGAAGAAAGCCGCUCGGCUUCGGAAGGAAACAGGGGAUUCACGGUGGCAUUGUCGGUACGACUACAAGGUUCCGCUCAUAGAGACCAUGAAGACCAACCUAAGCCGUCCUAUAUUCUGGAAUCUGUAUAUUGGAGUCGUCUAUGGUAUCCUAUACUUAUGCUUCACGUCAUAUCCGAUUGUAUUCGGUGAUAUCAGAGGGUGGAGUCUCGGAGUAUCUGGUUUAGCAUUCCUGGGAAUCGGCAUUGGAGCAAUGACGACAAUCACUAUGGAGCCUCUAUACCGACGGAUGAUCCAGAGACACAAGAAAGACCCCGAGACCGGCGAAGUAUAUCCAGAGGCCAUGGUGUCGGUGAUUUGCAUCGGCUCAAUUCUGAUCCCCAUCGGCGAGUUGUGGUUUGCGUGGACGUGUGCCCCCGCCUCAAUUCCCUGGCCGGCCCCAAUCGCUGCUGGCAUCUUUUUCGGUGCUGGUAAUACAGCCGUCUUUAUUUACUCUUCUAACUACCUGACAGUCAGUUACGGUAUUUUUGCAGCUUCUGCACUAGCAGGUAAUUCCCUUGUGAGAAGUGUUCUUGGUGGCAUUAUGCCUUUGGUGGGCACAUACAUGUACGAUAAUUUGGGCCCUAACUGGUCCGGCACCCUUCUCGGUCUGUUGGAGGUGGCCUGUAUUCCGAUCCCGUUUAUAUUCUGGAAAUACGGGCACAAAAUACGUCAAAAGAGCGGAUUUAUUCGUAUGAUGCAAGAGGAUCAGAUGAAGCUGAAGGGCAGGAGAAAACCUAGAGAGGUCGAAGGUGGCGUUGCAGUUGAAGAUAUCGAAAAGGGCAACGCUGCUCGAAUAAAUGUCGAAGAAUAA